GUUUAAAUAGUGCGAGGGUAUGAAAUGCAGCACUGCUUUCGGCUCUGGAUUUGACAUUUCUACGAAAAAGAGCAGGUUAGAAAACGAAAUAAACAUAUAAAGGAAAUGAAAAAAAGUGGACGAAACGGAAUCACUUCUGGAAAUUUACAAAAGUUUGUGAAAUUUUUACAAAAAAUUAAGCAGUAAACCAUAAGAGGAACGUUUAAGAAUUUACAAUAAAAUAAACCGAUAAAUUAAACAAUAUUGGUCUGUAAAUUCGGCAAUAGGCGACAGGUGAAAAAUUUACAACAGAAAUGACUGCUCCACGAAGACUUCGCAAGGAGUUGACCGAUCUGCAAGCUUGCGGUCUGAAAUCAUUUCGGGAUAUUAAUGCAGAUGAAGAGAAUUUACUGCGUUGGACGGGUUUGAUAGUACCAGAUAAUGCUCCCUAUAAUAAAGGCGCUUUUCGUAUUGAAAUCAACUUUCCAGCAGAAUAUCCUUUUAAACCGCCAAAGAUAAUUUUUAAGACUAAAAUCUAUCAUCCGAAUAUCGAUGAGAAGGGACAGGUAUGCUUACCUAUUAUAUCUACGGAGAACUGGAAGCCAGCAACACGUACAGAUCAAGUAGUUCAAGCAUUGAUUGCAUUAAUUAAUGACCCGGAACCUGAACAUCCUUUACGUGCCGAUUUGGCUGAAGAAUAUUUACGGGAUCGAAAGCGUUUUAUAAAAAAUGCUGAAGAACAUACACGUAAGAAUAGCGAAAAGCGACCGACGGAUUAGGAGAGGUGCUGCCAAAAAUAAAAAAUUAUAUGUGAAAGUAGAAAAUUAUAAACCUAAUAAUAUAUACGGAAAUAAAUAAUCAUUGACAUUGAAUUGUA